CGGCAAUGCAAAAACAAGAUGUCGAACUUUUUCUUGUCAGAUCGCAAAGGUUCUCAGGCAAAUUCAAGGAAAAGACAGGUUAAUUCAUCCAAGGUAAGGCUUCAAGUGUUGACAGAACUGUAUUAUUAGUCAAUUUCUGUUGUUUUUUUUAGUGUUCAAGAAGUUUCGUUGAAUUGUUUGGGAUUAUUUCUUCAAAGUAUACGCAAGUGUAGUUUCACGUGGUCUUACGCGAGAUUUCUGUGUUUUCAGUUCUCUGGUUCUAGGAACAAGAAACCAAAGGGUAAACAGUCAUUUAAAAAAACUGAUUACAUAGAUGAAGAUGAGCUUGCAAGUGAAUCGGACGUUACGAGGUAAAUCGUUUGGUUUAUAUUUUGCUCAAAAGUUGGAACGUGACGACGACCUCCGCGUGGAUCAAUUACCCUUGGCUUGUUGUUUGGGAUUGAACCAAUUCUAAAAGUUUAUUUUUCUUUCAGUGAUGAGAACGAACAGACAGAUGAGCAGGUUGUGGAUGAGGAGACAGCUCAAGAAAAACGACUUCGUCUUGCUAAGCAGUAUCUUGCUCAGUUGGAGAAAGAAGGUAUACUUGCAAAGAGAUAUUGAGACUGGUUGACCUUGAUCAUGAAGCCUUAGAGCAGAGCCAUCUGUAGUACAGUUCUAUCAGAACUGUCUACGAAAGGGUGGAUUUUUCAUGUUGGCUUCUAGUUAUGUUUUCAGCUGUUAAAGCAUUCAAAAUUAAGCAGUCAUCGCAUUGGCUGUUUCAUUAUUUUUCUUAUUCACACACACAAAAAAGUAGAUUUGGUCUGACCAGUGUUUUCUAAGACAGUGGUCACUGUGAAUAUUUACUGAACUUGUGUCCAGGUAAGUGCGGCAAAUGGUAUUGUUGAAUAAUAUUGAUAUAAUUUGAUUAUUUUUGUUCUUUUUCAGAGCAAAAUAAAAAAGACUCAGAGGACAUAGAUCAUGAUGCUAUAGCUCACAGACUGAAACAAGAUGUUGUGAGUAUGGAUUCUUAAAGGUUCAUUCCAAAUAGUCACUCAUUUAGAGUAGGAGAGCAGGCACACUCAUUUUGUGUCUCAAACAGUGUGACACUGACUUCAAAAAUUAUCCUGAAGAGUUGUAAACUAGCUCUCAUUCCCCUGUUUUCUACAGUUUGAUGUGUGACUGUCUGUGGUCAGAUAGCCUGAAGACAUGCAAAAAAACCCCACCUGAUCGAAAGUUGGCUAUCAGACAGCCAACAAGUUUUUGGGAGAGUUGCUCUUAAUGUUUCCAAAUUUAAAGCAUUUUUUUGUCUUGUUGAGUUAACCUGGCAGAUUUUGAUGUAUUGUUUUUAUUGCAGCUUGAACAAAUUGGAAAACUGCAGAAAAGAAUAGCUUCUCAGGUAUCAUAAAUGAUUAUUGUAUAUCUUGUUGCAGAGUACAUUUGCCACGGAGUUGACCUCUUUUCUUGACACUGAUAUACCUGCCAACUUUUUCUGAGUCAAUUGCGUGAAAUUUUUGGCUGUGUCAUGACCAGAAUUAAGAUCAAUGUUUUAAGUCCACAAGUGUGGGACUCGUGCAUUGUGCGUGAGGGUUGGCAGGUAUGCACUUAUAUGGUGAUCAGCUGCAUCGCAUGCAGUGACUGUCUUCCCAUAUCUUAAGCGUAUCAAUGGUGUUUUUUUUUUCUGUCAACAGUAUACACAGCCAUCUCCAGAUGCUAUCAGAGUUCUGCGAGGACAUCAGCUGUCCAUCACAUGUCUCUGUAUAUCACCUGAUGACAAAUUUGUCUUUUCUGGUUCAAAAGACUGCUCCAUUAUUAAAUGUAAUGUGGUCACAUUUUGUUUCUUUCUUUUUGGAAAAUAAUGAUUUCUGGGAGUGGUGUUUUUAGUCAGUGACACAAGUGACUCAGAAAAAACAAAUCUGCAUGCUCCCAAAAGGAGUUGAAUCAAUGGCCUUGUGGACCCAUUUGUUUGAAGGGGGAUUAGUGCAAGCCCAGGGUUAAAUUUUCAUACAGGUUUCUUUUUGUUUUGUUCAAAAGCAUUUUCAUGGGUAAUUUUUUCUAUUCUUUGAAGAGUAUCCAAUCUUCAAAUUGUGGUGAAAGAGUGUUAAACUGAAUUUGCUUUUUAAGUUUUUAUAUCUGAAUUCAAAUUUUGCACUAACCCGGGUUAUCACCCAUAUGUUGACACAGCUUUGAACAACCCAUUCCUAGUUACUAGUCCAGAUGUUCUACCACUGACCUUCAAGUAACAUGUUGCAACUAUUAAUGACCAUUGUAGGGGUGGGAGAAGGGAGAAAGGAAGGUAUACAUCACUAGAAAAGGAACGUACCACAUAUAAAACAUCAGAACUAGGAAACCAGUAUGAUUUUGUGCAUUCCUUGACAGGGAAUCUAGAAACAGGGAACAAAGAAGGGAAAAUCUUGGGUUGCCACAAAGCCAGCAAAGGAAGCAAAGGACACUCUGGUCAUGUACUGUCUCUCACUGUUACCACAGAUAACAAGUUUUUGGUAAGCAAUAAAAUUAAGUCAUAACGAACAUCUUUUUUGUACAGUAACAUAUUAAGAUUAUGAAUUAUUUCCAUCUAGAAAAUUAGAGUCAAGUCAGUUGUAAUGUGAAGAAGAUAUAGUCCUACACUCGUUUAUGAAUGUAAUUAAAUCUCACAAGCUUUACAACUGACUUGUGUCCAUUUUUCUUGACUAAAUAAUGACAAAAUUUUGUAUUUUUGUUCUGUUUUGUUCACGUUUUGUUAAUGACUUUUGUUGACAUCUUUAAAUGUGGUGUGAUAAUUCUAUUUUCUACAAUAUAAUAAUUCAUCUUAGGCUAGUGGUGGAAUGGACAAAGUAAUUCACAUAUGGGAUCCUGUUUCACUUCAUCAUAUUCACACGUUCAAAGGCCACAAAGAUGCAGUGUCGGUGAGUUUAUUUCUUUUUUGCAGAAAUGUUUUUUGCUGUCUCCUACACUGUCUCCUAUUUGGGUUGGUUGUGUAGAAAACAAACCACGCAAAUAGCCCUUAUGCAUGUUUACGUCAGACGAGUAAAUUUCACCACCAAGUCUCGUUUUCAAAAUAUAAAGUUGCGAAGUUUUGCAUAAAUGAAUUCCCAGGGCAGUACAGUUGAAAAGAAUACCCACGCAUAAAGAGUGCAAAUGCGAAGAAUUUUGCUUUCAAACGAGGCUUGGUUGUGAAAUUUGCUCGUCUGACGCAAUCACGCAUAAGGGCUAUUGGCACAUGAAUGCUCACCAAAUCUGGGGUGUCGGCAAAAUACCAGUAUACUGUAACUGCCGAGUCACGCCUUUAAGACUGAAAAGGUUUUAAUUUUUGUUCUUUACAAUUAUUCAAAGCUGCUGAAAAAAAAAAUUCUAGAGGUUUUUGAAAAUGUCUCACCUUUUAGUAAAAUCCAACUAGUGGUCUGUUAUGAAUGCUGCAUUCUGAUUGGUUGAGCUACUACUAGGCUAUAUGUUAUAGCUCACAAGUAGUGAAAAGCACCAGCUUUGAAAACCAACACAAUGGCUCGAGGAAUAAUUGUUAAUUAUUACAACAUUUUUGUCUUUAGGGUGUGGCUUUUAGGCGAGGAACUCACCAACUAUUCAGCUGUUCUCAUGAUCGUACAGUAAAAAUCUGGAAUUUAGAUGAGAUGGCAUAUGUAGAAACACUGUAAGUGGCACCUAAUUUUGCCAGCUCUUAGUCAUUCUUUUUGUCAACAGAUCAAUAAGAUUUAACAUAUUAUCAUUACAGCUGUGAAUUCAACCACCUCUGCUUGUACAUGUUUUGGCCUGUUGCCAUUGUUAUUAUAUUAGCUUCGUAGACACUAAGGCUUGCUAAUUUAAACAGAGUCAGUAACUUAUGCCGUGGUUUAAGAAAUCAUUGGACCUCCAGAUAUCUUUCUAUAAAGUGGGUUAUUUUAAGAAGGUAUGUUUCUCCUGUCUACCCUGUUGCUUCCAUGAAACUGUUUACAAUAACCGCUGUUCAGAUAAAUGUGUUGAGCAAAUGAAAAUGGCUUAGAACACAGUUUUGUUAAACACCAACUAAACUCCGUUCAAAUAACCAGCCCUAAAUGUGCUAGCCAGAUUAUUGUGUUUUUUCUUUAAAAGAAAAAGAAAAAUUCUUACAUCACCUCAUGAUAUCCAAUUAAAUAUUAUUAUUAUUAUUAAUAUUAGUGGCCCCCAUGAUAUGAAUGUUUUAUCUGUAGUGUAUUAUUCCAUGUGAUAAUUAAUUAAGGGGUUUGAUUUUUAUUGUCCUCUGCAAACUGAAUGAUCUAGAUUUGGACAUGAGGACAGUGUGACAGGCAUUGAUAGUUUAUCACGUGACAGAGCUGUAACUUGUGGAGGCAGAGAUAGAACUCUACGUGUGUGGAAAGUAGUGGAGGAAUCACAGUUGGUUUUCAAUGCACAGGGAAACAUGUAAGGUUUACAAACAAAUUUUAAGCAGUAACAGUUCUUUAUACAACGUUUAUUUCAGAAAGUAUAAUAAAAGAUAUUAAAACAAAAAGAAAUUGAUAACAGGUGUAAGCAUUAACAUUUUUUGAAAGUUAUAGACAAGCUCUGUCUUCAAAAUUGUCUGCUUCCCAACCUCAUGCACACUGGAACUUUUACUCACUUCACAUGGUCAUGUGGUUGGUGCUUGAGCGAUUUAAGGGAGAAGUGAGACCCUUGUUAGGGGAGGUUUCGUAUAUCCCUAGUCUGAAUUUCAGAUCCUUUCAUUUUGCGUAUUGAGGAGGAAGCAGGCAUUUAGCCAUAUGCUGAAAACUGGCCUUCCAGAAGGUGUUUCCCAAAUUAUAAGAGAUUAAGUGAAUUUUCCUUGUAUUUCUUCCAAAAAUGUGCUGUCACAGUUUUAUCUUUAUGUUGUUUGUCACCAUUUCUGCUGCCCUAUGUUGCUGUUUCGAGGGCAUGUCGCUUGUCGGAAUUUUACCCUAUCAGGGGCCUCAGAAGUUGAAUGCAUUUUAACUGAUUUAUAUUAAAUUCUAGGGGGUCACUGGAUUGUGUUCAUCUUAUUAAUGAAGAGCACAUGGUUUCAGGAGCAGAUAAUGGGUAAGUCUAAUGUACAACUUCUGUUAAAACUCCUGAAAGUGUAUAUUCUAAACUUCUAGUUUGUGCCACUUUGCGUUUUGAUCAGCUCACUUUCAUUAUGGAGUGUUUCCAAGAAGAAGCCAUUAUGUACAGUACCAAAAGCCCACAGUAAACCUGAAGGCAGUCCUGAAGAAAACAUUCCUGAUGAGAGUUGGAUAACAUCACUUGCAACCCUACGUAGUACAGAUCUUUUGGCUUCAGGUAAGAACAAAAUGAUCAUAAUUAGGAAUCACAGCCUGGAUCAGGUCUUAAAGUCAGCCAGUCAGUCAAGUUUGCUUGUCAGUCAGUCAAGUCAACCAGUCAGUCAAAUCAGCUAAUCAGUCAGUCAAUUAAGUCAGGCAGUCAGUCAAAUCAGCUAGUCAGUCAGUCAAGGGCUAGUCAGUCAGUCAGCUAGUCAGUCAGUCAAGGGCCCCUUGUUUUUCUUGCUCUAUAUUAAUGAUUUAAAUAAUGUAUCGUCGCUCGUCGAGCUGAUUUUAUUCGCUGAUGAUACUAAUUUAUUUAUGUCCCAUAAAGAUCCUGUCUACCUGGCAGCCUCACUCAAUUCCGAACUUAAUAAAUUAUCCACUUGGUUCAAGGCAAACAAACUCUCCUUAAACCUAAAGAAAACAAACUUUAUGUUAUUUAAGCCUAGACAGAAAAGGUAUCAUUUUCCAAUGCAAGUAUGCAUAAACGAACAGAGAAUCGAACAGGUUAAGGAAACGGUCUUCCUCGGUGUAGUCCUUGAUGAACAUCUGUCUUGGAAACCGCACAUUUCUCAAGUAGCUCGUAAAAUCUCGAAAUCAAUAGGUGUCAUUAAUAGAGCAAGAUUUUUUCUACCUAAACCGUGUCUAAAAACUCUUUAUUAUUGUUUAGUUUAUCCUUAUCUUCAUUAUUGUAUUAUUGUCUGGGGAUCUACGUACAAAACCAAUCUUCGCCGUCUUGUCUCUUUGCAAAAGCGAGUUAUCAGAAUUAUUUCUAAAUCAACUUUCGAUUCUCAUUCAGACCCUAUUUUCAAAGAAUUAGAGCUACUAAAACUUUCCGAUAUUAGACAGCUAGAAUUAGGUAAACUUAUGUUUUCUCUUAACCAUUCUCUUUUGCCUUCAAAGUUCAACAAUUAUUUUUCUUUAAACAAACAAGUCCAUAGCUAUGCCACUAGACACGCGAACGAUUUUCACCUUCCUUCUUGUAGAACAAACCUUCGUAAAUUUUCUGUCAGUUUCCAAGGACCUACUUAUUAUAACACUAUAGAAAAUGAUAUUAAAAAAUCUAAUUCUUUCCACUUAUUCAAAACGAAAUUGAAAAAAAAAAAAAAUGAAUUAUUAGUUAUAAAUCUUGUAGUAAAUAGUUAUAUUUCUUCCAUGUCUGAUAUUAUUUUUUACUUAUUGUUACUUGUACCAUACCUUAUAUUUUGUCAACUCAGUCUAUGUAAUAAGUUAAUUUAUACUUACCUUCAUUGUAUUUUGCUUUCGAUCCUGGCCUUACCGUUACUGUUAACUUUAUUUUUACUCUGAGGGAGCCCAAUGUCUAUAAGCCUCAUGGUUUCUGUUUGGGCUUCCUCGCCACUUUCAUUUGCUUUUGUGUAACUGUCUUGUUUUAUCGUUAUUUGUAUUUUGUGGUAAAUCAAAUAAAGUUAAAAGUAAAAGUAAGUACUGUAAGCUAGUCAGCCAAUCAAGUCAGCUAGUCAGUCAAUUGAGUCAGCCAGUCAGUCAAGUAAGCUAGUCAGUCAGUUAAUUAAGUCAGCCAGUCAGUCAAGUCAGCCAGUCAGUCAAGUCAGCUAGUCAGUCAGUCAGUCAAGUACUGUAAGCUAGUCAGCCAAUCAAGUCAGCCAGUCAAUCAAGUCAGCUACCGGUAGUCAAUCAAGUAAGCUAGUCAGUCAGUCAAGUUAAACUGUUCAAUAACUGGAUGCUCAUUUACUAAACCAAAAAUUCUUGUUUGUAAGCUAAAAUAUGAAGAAGAAGAAGAAAGAAAUAUGAACAAAACACAUGAUUUUUUUUUCGUUUGCCAGCAGGAUCUUGUGAUUCUUGCAUAAAACUCUGGGAGUGUGGAGAAGGCUUCAGAAAUCUUAAACAGCUCUUCUCAGUACCAAUGGUAAGAUACUCACAGACCGAUAGAUGUAUUGAGUUAGGGAGUGUCUACAAGUACGCUCCUCAAGCGUUGCCCUUCCCAGUACAGCGUUUUCCCAGUCCCUAUCGGUCAAUUCAUUUCAGUGACGUAUGGGAAUCCAAGGCUAACGGGCAGGAAACACAUUUUCGCUUGGACCAUGUGACCCGAAACGCUUUGGCCACACGGAAUAAUGAGGCCUAGGGACUAGGUAACCUGAAGCGUAUAACUUGAAAAGUCAUCAAGACUACCUCCUCAGGUAAAGUAGCGUGCGUCACAGAGUAAUCUAACCCCAGUUCAUAACGUCUACAAAGUAGUGACAAUAUACUCAUUCACGGCACCCAACAGACUCAACAAAUUACUGGAAAUGCAUUUCAAAUUUCCCUUCAAUCUGACUGGCAAAUUUACAAUAGGGGGGCUUUUUUAACAGAACAAUCAUGGUGUAUACUCAACUCCUGGUACACAGUUGGAGACCCAGAGAAAGGAUUUCUGCAGUGUUUCGCAGACAGACUUAACCAGAAAUUUUCUUUCCUGUGUGACUCAGGCUACAGGCCAAGCCUCUUUGUCAUAAUUAUUACUAAUUUUGUGGAACAGCUUAAUUUGAGGUAUUGUCUGAAGGAAUUUGGUCAAUUAACACAUGGUCCUUUAUAGUAUUAAGAAAUGUCGUUGAAUUUACUCCAUUUCUCCAUAAACUAAGUGUGGUUGGCAAAAACCUAGGAUAAAAUGGGACAGAACAAGUUGACCAAAAUACUGCCAUUAUUAUUACUGCAUUUUGGUUUACAGGGCAACUCUCUGACCUGUGGUAUUGCACCAAGUUCACUUAUAUGUCAAUGGAACUCUCAGUUUUUUUGUUUCCUUGUUAGGUUGGCUUUGUAAAUGCCUUGGAAUUCUCUAAUGAUGGAAACACACUGAUAGCAGGGAUAGGACAGGAACACAGAUUGGGACGAUGGUGGAAGCUAAAAAAUGCAAAAAACUGUUUAUGUGUUAUACCAUUGAAUAGAACAGAACAAAAUGGACAUAAGGCAUAAUAAAAUGUUCACAAAUGUUUUCCUG